CUAAGAGGAAAUACACUCAUUUCUGUUCUAUUCAGCGUGAGCCAGUUCUUUGCUGUGGUAUUUAACGGGUGUACCUUUGUGAGACAGAGCAAAGACGUAAACCGACUCGAUUACAUGGACAGCUCGGCGUCACAGGUAGCAGAACAGACCGAAAUUCAUCAAGUUGAAGAUGUCUGGCAGAUCUUUUUCUUUGAAGGCUUCCUGACGGCGUUUUGAGUUUGGCCUGCUGAGGACUCGGCACCAUCAAAUGCAUGCCUGUAGAGGGCACAAUCUAACAAAAUAUAGUUUCUUUAAGGCAUGCAGCCAAACCUGAUCUACUGUGUUGAACAAGGAAGUUGAUGAAAGACAAACAGAUCUGGUUACCCGUGUUUUUAGGUGAGGUUUGACUUGCAAAGGGAGAACUACAGGAAGCAGAGCUGUGAAAGGUCACUUCUGCAUGCAAGCGCAAAACAUCGGGGACUUUAAAAAUGCUGAAAAAACUCUUGGUCUGCUUGUCACUUUUUGCCAUCUUCAGCCUUCUGUUUUAUUCUGUGGUGUUAUACCACAAUCAUAAUGUCUAUUUUGUUCUUUACCGCUUUGCUGUAAAUGGAAACCAGACAUCUUCCUGGAAGGUACAAGAUAAUGUAAAGGUGACUAAGGUCAGUCAUAAAACCACAACGAGGCCAAAGAUUUUGGAGCCGUGUCCAGAAACGCCACCAAGACUUGAGGGGCCUUUGAAUGUGGAGUUCAAUACAAAACGGACAUUAGAGAACGUAAAAGCUGAGGCAAGUCCUUCUCUUCAGGUGGGAGGACGGUACAAGCCAUCUGACUGUAUCUCCCGACACAAGGUGGCAAUUAUCGUCCCAUUCCGAAAUCGACAUGAGCACCUGGCGCAUUGGCUUUAUUACUUGCAUCCUAUCUUGAUGCGACAGCAGCUGGACUACGGCGUGUACAUCAUCAACCAGGACGGGGAAGGAAUCUUCAACCGAGCUAAACUGAUGAACGUUGGAUUUGUAGAAGCACAGAAGGAAUACGAUUAUGACUGCUUUGUCUUCUCUGAUGUUGACCUGGUGCCUCUUGAUGACCGUAACAUGUACAGAUGCUAUGACAAUCCCAGACAUUUGGCUGUGGCCAUGGACAAGUUUAAUUUUCAUCUACCCUACAAUACCUUUUUUGGUGGGGUCUCCUCACUGUCGAAGGAACAGUUCUCUAAAAUAAAUGGCUGUCCAAACAGUUACUGGGGCUGGGGCGGCGAGGACGACGACAUUUACAAGCGCAUCAUCUUCCGUGGAAUGUCAAUUUCUCGACCAGAUGGAGUGACUGGGAAGUACAGGAUGGUCAGGCAUCACAGAGACAAACACAAUGAGCCUAAUCCAGUAAAUCCUGGAAAACUUAGUAGAACGAGGCAGACCAUGGACAGCGAUGGACUAAAUACCCUCAGCUACACAGUCAAGGAGAUCUCAAAGGAUUUAUUGUUUACUUUUAUUACCGUGGACAUUCAAGCUCCAGCAAGUUGAUGGAUGUUGUAAAAUAUGGAUGAAAGACAGUGUAAUUUCAGGUUUGCUGGUGAUCUGUAAAAUAUGGUGAAAUAUUUAUGGAGCUGGUGUGGGUGAUGGAAUUGAAAUAGCUGUGAAUGGCUGACAGCUUUGGUGAAAGGGGUAUUUAUGAAAGCUAUUUCUGUGUGAAUGUCUCCAGGUUAGCCUUAAAGGAAGCGGGAAUUGUGAAAAUUAUGAUAGCCAUCAGAUUAAGCAGAAUCUUUUUUUUUUUUAUCUAUAAACAUGUUAAGAGAAGCCUAAACAUUUACGGUUUGUAGUUGUCUGACAAGUUCGUCAGCUCCUAUCUGAUAAGUUCCAGUAAUACCAAAUAGUUUAGAUACCUAUGUGAUUUGCAUAACUGAUACACUUUUGAAACUAAUUAUGUCUAUUGUACAUGUUGGUUGAAAAUUUUAGUCUAGUUUUUAUCGAUACAUUUGUGAUUUGCACUUAAUUAUCUUCAUUUACAUUACAAAUAUAAAUUCAUAUUUAGUAACAGCUCUUUCUUUGUGUUCUCAUUUUGCAGUUUAAUGUUUGAGAAUUAAACAAGGUUUGGAGAUGGUCUUUCAAUAGAUCAUUAAUCCUUUGUGUGUAAGUUACAAUUACUGCCUAGAGCAAGUUGGAUAAAUCUCUGGAAAUUCCCUUGGAAUCUUACACGUAUCUAUUCUGACCAGAUGACUUAAAAUAGAAAUGUGUACUACAUGAUUUUAGCAGCACACUAGCAAGAAAAAAAAGCUUUAUCAUGUCUUUAUUGACAGACAUGACUAUUGCCCGGCAUGGAGAUCAUUGUAUAAUUUUAAAUCAGUUUGGAAUAUUUUAUGUGGGAUUCUGUGAAGAUGCUAUAUCUUCACAAUGAGCAUGGACAAAAAUACAUUUUUCCCAGGAGACAGCAAAAACUAACAAAUUAGUCUGAUUAAUACGAUGAAAGAAUCCACUUCAUCAGCUGAUCUGAUGAACCAGCUGAUUGUGCUUUUGCUGGAAAACAUUCCAAACCACGAACUUUUUAAAGCACAAAAUACCAAUCUGUUGCAGAACUGUAGCAGACUUGUAGCUAACAAUGUAAGCCUAGCAAGCUGUAGUAGGUGCCACUCCAAAAAUGUAUCAAAUUUCCAACAACUCUUGGAGACAUAAAAUCUCUAUAAUAAAGAUAGAAGAUAUGCAUAACUUUACUGAACGUCCUAUCUAAAGUUCUAAGCUAUCAUCGUGACUCCACUAUAAAAAAAUUAGUUCAGAUCAUUAUAAAGUAAAAUUCCACUGUCACUUUUUUGUUUUGCUAUUUCUUUGUCAAUCACUAUUUUAAUGAGUGAAACAUUCCUUUGACAGAGUAUUGCUAAGUGCAGCUAGCAUGCUCAUCAGAUACCCAUUGUAUGUGGUUUUAUUCACUUUGUUCAGGUGUCGUGUUUACAAGUACUCUGUGCAGCUGUGGAAACACCAAUGAACGGAUUGGAUUUCUUACAUGCCAAAACCAGCAGACCCAGCAAAGCAAGUUCCCAGAAAGAUUGAGAGGCAAAGGGACUUGCAUCAAGUCCAGUAGAACCAGUCAAUGGAAUGAUCCAUCCAUAUGCAGGAUCCAAAGCAGGUCACUAAUUAUAGCGUAAAGUACAACAACAGCACAUGUCUUUUGUGUAGCUAUAUUAAGUAGGUUGCAAAAUUAACCUGCACAUAGCUCUGUUUCCACACCUUGUAGACUGCUUACAGUGUAUCGCACUGGAUUUUAUGUCUUUCAUUUGAUACCUGUGCUAAUCUGCCACAUAACUAGCUGAAAUGAUACCAACAGAACAUAAUAAUAUGGUGAGGAAAUGUCAGCAUUGAUCUAAAAAUAAAUAAAUAAAUAAUAAUAAUAAUAAUAAUAAUAAUAAUAAUAAUAAUAAUAAUAAUAAUAAUAAUAAUAAUAAUAAUAAUAAAAACAAUAAUACAUUUAAAUGCAGCUUUACUAGUUUCAUAAACUAUCUCUCUCCUCAUUGCUUGUUUGCCCUGACUUUGGCAUCCACUUGAGCACGAACAAAAAUAUGUGUUCUGUGGAAGUGCAAGUUAUAUGCAAAUUUCCCACCUGGCUGAGAGCCUGUACAUCCGGUACUUUGCAAACACCAUUGGUGUUCUAGGAAUGGGUUUUCAGCACUGUUAUUGUUUUCAGAGUUCGGUAGAAGUUAGUUACAUUUUCUCGGUUAAAUUUACCUGUGUACCUUUUUGGGAAAAAUAAAAAAUAAAAAAUUAAGAGUAGUUUUAAGACGCUGUACUUUUUUAUUUUUAUUUCUGUAAUAUUAUUUUGAAGUAUCACUACUGUUUCCUGAGUAAAAUCUCUGUCCACUGGAAGUAUCUUCAAUGAAUGAAGAACAUGUUUUGACCAAAAAUGUGUGAGACGCAGCCGUUCACCUACAGCUUAAGUUAAAGGGAGACCGCAUUAACUGUUCUAACAUCCACUGUAGUUAUUAUUUUUAGAUUGAAAACAAUGAUUUGGAAAUGUCUUCUCUCUGCCUAAAUCUCUGUUAUUUUGUACUUAUUCGUUUUUGUUUAUUUGAUUUUUACAUUUAAUUGAGUACAAAUGGGUUAAAGUAGAGCUCCUCUUAGUUGAUUACAAUUUUGGAUUUUCUACCCACCUCUGAUUGUUGUGUUUCUUAUGGUAAUGAGUAAAUAUUAACAAGCACCAAAGAAAAUUCUUAUCGAAUACUGUUCAGUCUCUGUUAAUGAUUUAUGAAUACCUAUCUAUUCAUAAAUCUAUGACACAACAUCAGAGACCUUCCAGUCUCUGUUAAUGUUUUAUGAAUACCUAUCUAAUCAUAAAUUUAUUCUUCUGCAAGAAGAGUCUGUUCAAGGAUUCUUCUGCAAAAAGAAUAGACUUAUGAAUCUGUUAACAUAUAAUUGUAAAAUAAAAUACUGACAUUUUCCUGCUGUA